UGAGCGUGCUGGUGAGAAAGUAGAUGAGAGACAGCCCGAAGACUACUCCCAGCACCCAGCGCUUUCUCAGUAGCCGCCGUAGCACCAUCAUAGCAUGGCUUUGGAAGUGUUUCCGAGCGGCGACUGGCCCAUGUGGUGAUGAGCGGAAUGCCAUGCAGAGGAGACACAGCAGCAACACGGAUGGCAUGCCCUCUGAAAGGAGCCGAAGCCAAACCCUCGGAUCGGAGAGCAGCCUGGACGAGGGUGGUGUGUUUGACUGCCUGAAGCCAGACUCGCCCGCUUCACCCCAGCAGAUCUUCUCCGGCCUGGUUGGAGUCCCUUCCGGCUCCGUCUCCUCUGCCCAGUUUCAGGCUGCCGGUUUAGUCUUGGGCUCCCCUCCUGAAGUUUUCAUCCAGAUGACCGCCUCGUCUCGAGAAGAAGGGGGCCCCCAUCGCACGGAGGGCGGACCUUUCCUCCCCCGGCCGCCCCAGCACCACCAUCACCACCACCACUUCCACCACCAGCCCCUGCAGCACAGGACCUCCUCUCUGCUCCAGCAGGCGACCACAGCCGCCGGCUCAGAGAGGCACAGCUCCAGGGAGGAGGCCCAGGAGGACCAGUCCACCCCGGCACCAGCGUUGUCCGAGUUAAAGGCGGUGGUCACCUGGCUGCAGAGGGGCUUCCCUUUCAUCCUCAUUUUGCUGGCUAAAGUCUGCUUUCAGCAUAAACUAGGUAUCGCUGUGUGUGUGGGGAUGGCCAGCACGUUUGCCUACGCCAACUCCACGUUCAGGCACCAAGUCUCAUUACGGGAGGAACGUUCUAUAUUUGUGGCUCUGUGGAUCAUCAUGUUCCUCGGAGGGAACAUAGUGUAUAUCUACUACACAUUUAGCCACGAGGAGCUGCACAACAGCCUCAUAUUUGCCAAGCCCAACCUCAACAGCUUUGACUUCUUUGAUCUGAUCUGGGCCGUGGGCAUCACCGACUUUGUGCUGAAAUACGUCACCAUUGGAUUGAAGUGCUUUGUGCUCUUUCUGCCCAAGAUUUUCCUGGCCUUCAAAUCCAGGGGUAAGUUCUACCUGCUGAUCGAGGAGCUGAGCCAGCUGUUUCGGGCCCUGGUGCCCAUCCAGCUGUGGUACAAGUACAUCAUGGGAGAAGACCCCUCCAACAGCUACUUCCUGGGAGCCACGCUCAUCAUCAUCUACAGCCUCUGCAAGUCCUUUGACAUCUGUGGACGUGUGUCUGCCAUACGGAAGGCCUUGGUCAUGCUCUGCAGCUCCCAGAGUUACGGCGUGAGGGCCGGCAGUCAGCAGUGCAGCGAGGCGGGCGACGUCUGUGCCAUUUGUCAGGCUGAUUUCAGAGACCCCAUCGCCCUUCUCUGUCAGCACGUGUUCUGCGAGGAAUGCCUGUGCCUGUGGUUCGACCGCGAGCGAACGUGUCCGCUGUGCCGCUCCACCGUCAUCGAGACCCUGCGAUGCUGGAAGGACGGGACCACCUCCGCUCACUUCCAGAUCUACUGAGCUCUGGCGGCCAAUCAGGAACAUGUUGUCGUGCUGCGAUGCAAGAUAGACAAUGAUGUGUCACCUUUUUUUCUUUUUUUUUUCUUUCUGUAAAAAGUUAGUGUGGCAAUUCUUAAAAUCAGGGUAAGCAUAAUUACAGAAAUACACGAGGCGUUUGAAAAGGGGCCAGAACGAAGCCUAUGUGAAUCACAGUGUUUUUAUAUGAAGCUGCUGGUAGGGGCCACAUGCACAAACCAAAUUAUCAACAUGGUGUCACUUAAAAGAACCAAAACUUCUUGCCGUACAGUUCCAUUUUGUAGACUUAUCCACUGUUUCACACUGAUAAAAUAACUGAAUCACUGCAAGGACGAUGUAAAAAGUCACAGCAUUCACACUUUAUUUGUGGUAUUUGUAUGAUUUUUGUUCAUUAUAUUAGUCUACCAUGGAUAUUUAACGUAAUAUUUUUAUUUAAAUAUUAAGUAAAACAAAAUAUCCUUAAGCGUUUGUACUCUCUGUAGGUAGAAACAGUUUUUGUUUUUUAAAGGCCACUUGUGUAGAUAUUAAGUGAAGAAUGAGCGGUGCUGUGUGACUUUUGGUUACUAUGAACAGUGAUGUGUGUUGAUGGCGUAGGAAGGCAGCGUAAUCAAAACACUUUGUAGAUUUCUGUGAUGCAGUAAGCGUGGUGGAAUUAAAGACUUCCCUCACACUGAAAGAGGACGCUCACGUCUGAUCAUCUCCCAUGCUGCAAAUUUAAUUCCACUUUUAUUGUUACUGGAUCAUUUCAUGUCGAAUAAUUUAUUCUGGGGUUGCUUAAUAGACUCUAUGACUGUCACGCAGAAUGUGCUGUGCUGGGUUUUUUUUUUUUUUUUAAAUUAAAGCACUUAAGCU